AAUUUCGAGUUUCGGGGUUUUUUGAGGAUAUCUCCAGAGCGGGGGGAGGUAGCGGAAACUUUAUUGAACAUUUUUUGAAGCCCUGGAUCUUCUCGAUAAAAAAGACCUGAUGUACAUUGAAAUUAUGACAGACUCCAUAUCCGGACCUUGUGCUUGACAUUCCACUGAUUAAUUAACGAGUACUUGAAGUUAUUGUGUUUUCAAUAAAAAUGAAUUCUCCGGGGUCUACGGACACCCCCGACAGCGGGUCGACGCCAAAAAUACCGGAUAUCACGGAAAAAACGAAGAAUUGGGUGCAGUUCGAGGAGGAGUCGUCCCCUAGGCGUCGGGAUGCCGAUGACAGCCAAACGGUCACUUUGAAUCCCGAAAAAAUAAAAAGAGCGAUGGAGGAGACCCAGGGGAAGAGGAACGAGUACUCUGGUGCUGUGAUAGCAACUGAAUCCGUCCAACUGAAUCUAGAUAGAUCAGGACUGAGUCGAUCUGUUUCCUCGGAGAGUCCUGAGAAUGUGCCUUCGGAUGUGAAAAAUCAUGAUCCAAAAAGUGCCUCCUUGAAGACAAUCGAUCUCAGGGAUACGAAUGGCAGGAGUCAUGUCAAUAAUGUUGUCAGUACACCCAUUGGAAACAUCAGGAGAGGAUUUGCCAAUGGUGACACCAUUGUCACCCUUUUACCUGUUAACACCAGGUGGCCAUGGAUAACACCCGCUAAAUUUCGUCCUGAACUCGUUCCUGAGGAACUCAUGGCUCAAGGCCUCACUUUGACAGUGGAGGACUACGUGCACAUAAUGGAGCUUCUGGUGAACGACGUGCGCUUCAACAUGUACAACAUCUGCUACAAGAGAAUCCUAGUCCUGUGGAUAUUCACAGCAUUCGUCAUUCUUCUGGGUCUCCUGUUCUCUGGUGUUACAGGUCUAACUCUAUUCGGUCUGGGGAUCAUGUGGCUCAUCCUCAAUGCAGCUGCCAUAUUCCUCUGCAUGUUCAUCAAGAUAAAACUCAAUCACAACCUGGAGAAGUGCAUGGCACAGGUGAACAAACACCUUCUGCGACACAAGAUACUCCUGGGGCUCGACGACAGGGGAAAAAUUUCCUGUCACAAGGUCAACCUCUGCUUCAUCUACUUCGACACCACUGAUUGCAUCAAAAAACUGCAAGAGGUAAUUGAGAGAGAGGAACGAGAUGGUCGAGUGAUUGGUGGUGAUGACACGAGUGAGGCACAACGGAGAAGACAGGAAUUGCAGCAGCGAAUGGACAUUGAUGACAGUGAUAUCGUGAUACAGGGAUCUUCUACUACAAGACUGUCUCGUAAACAGGAGCGGGCAGAGCUGGUGCUGCUGAGAUAUGCACCAAGAUGGGCUCGUAACUUUGUCAGGCACAGGCUGGACCUCGUUGUUGAUUCCCAGGAUCGUAACAGAGUCAUCAUUGGAUCAACUGCUCCACCCCGUCACUGUAUAUCCGCACGUUGUCCUUGUCAGUUUAUUGAGGAUCAUCUCAAAUUCAAGCCCAAAGGAUAUCCACCGGGUUUCACCUGGUGCUCGUACUUGAGUGAUCCUGCCCUUAGGUAUGAUCCUCCGUACUACGCAAGCUCAUCAAACCGAAAUUUAUAAAAUUUAUUUAACAAAAGUAUUCCAUGGAGUAGUGGAUCCGAUAAAAAUCGAUUGUCCCUAUAACUGCGCAAUUAUCUCCGUAACUAACGACUGCAGGAGAAAAUGCCAGAAAACUUUUUUUGUGGGGAAUUUCCUGACCUACAAAAAAGCUCCCACAAAGUUCUCUGCUAGACCCUGCCUUACCGAGAUAAUUCCAUAAUUAUGGUACACCGAUUUUCGUCAAUCUACUACGGAUUCCAAGAGUCGCAUUUAAAUUAAAUUAUCAAUAUUUCACGGAAAAAAUAUCUCAAUUACACUAAAAAAUUUGUUGGGGAGUUCUCAAAUAGUAUUACAAUUAUUUCUAAAAAGGGAUUUAUCAGUGUUGUAAAUUUAAUUAGUAGAUAUUAAUUUUAUCUUAAUAAAAAAUGUCUCUCGGUGUGGGAAAUGUGCCUUCGGUAGAAAUAUUAAAGGAUAAAUCAAAAAAAGCAUGAGAUAUCCGUCCACUCAAUGCAAAUACCGUGCAAUAACAA